CCUCGGCGCUCCACCUGGCGGGCAUGACCCGCUGUUAUGGGCAUUUGCCUCGACACAGAGCCGCGUCCAGGCUCUGAGACGUCGUUCGAGGAGCGCCGGAGAGGGAUGGCCGAGGAGGACGAAGAGGAGGACGAGCCGCGCUUCAUCAGCAGACGCACCAUCAGACAGGGACCAAAUACGGCCAUUAAAUUCGAGCCACCAAGCGUGCCAGUCAUUUUUAUCCUGGGCGGGCCUGGGAGCGGAAAAGUGACGCACUGUGAUGCUCUGGCGUCGGAAAAACGUGGUUUCGUCCACAUAAACAUGACUGAUUUGCUCCAACAGUUCGCCGUCGGCAACGAAAUGACCGACUUCAGUCAACUUCCAAGCACGGCUGUGACCGAGGUGCUGAUGCUUGAGAUGAAGAUGGCGGCCAGUGCCAAAGUUUACCUGGUGUCCGGGUUCCCGAGGAGCAUGCGGGACAUGGCCGAGUACACGGAUAAGAUCCAGGUUCUGAACGGCGCCGUUUUACUCAGCUGGCGGCAAAAGGUCCUGGCUCGUCAGGUUGAGUAUGGAGCAAAGCUAGGCCACGUUGUUCUGUCCCUGGCCACGAUGGAGUUGCGAAACUUCUACCGCAGUGUCAUGCCCGUCGCAGAUUACCUUGACCAGAGAGGUCAUCUCCUUGUUGUCGACGGCGAGCGUAACCCUGAGGAGGUGUAUCGCGAUUUCAAAGAAACGGUGAUGCAGCUGCUGACGCCAAAAAACACGCAGUCAGUCCAAGUGACCGAGUCCAGGGUGGCCGCCGUGAUCGAGACCCCCACGCUGGGCCCCUUGGCCCUGACGGGCCCACCCGUCACCUUCCCCGACCACUCGGCCCCGCAGGUGACGCAGAUCAUCGCCGACACGCCACCCACCAUCUUCGUCAUCGGAGGGCCGGGCAGCAACAAAACGGCCCUCUGCCAGCGGGCCUUGCGCAGGACGCCGGGCUGGGGCCUCAUCAGCGUCGGUCGCCAGCUCAGGGUCGUUGCGGGGGACGCUGCAGCCCCCGCCAACCCUGCUCAGCAGCAGCUCAGGGGUAGCAUUGCCAGGGGAGAAAUGGCUGCUCAGAAUACGGUGCUGGGCGUUUUAGGCGAUCAAAUGUCGAUUCAAGCGGGAGCGCGUGGCUUGCUAAUCGCAGGAUUCCCCAGGGAUUUGCAGCAGCUCAAAGCUUUUGAAAACAAGUUCAACCAAAGGCCUGCAGCAGUUUUGCUGGACUGCUCAAAACUACAGCUGGGUCGCGGUCGACUGGACGACUCGGUGACUGCCUUCAGGAGGAGACUUGAACUCUUCAGGGAACUCACGCUGCCGCUGCUCAAGAAACUAGACCAGGAGGGCCGACUCACCAUCGUUGACGGGGAUACGGACAGUGCUGCCGUGCUGGAGGACUUCAGUGCCAUCCUUGCCGGUUUGAUGAGCAAGGCAGAGGCUGGCGAAAAUGUGAACGGAGCGCCAAACGCAGCACUUGGGACAGGAACAGAGUUUUUGCCGGCGACCACGGGUGCAGAAUUUCACCAGGCGCUUCUGCAAGAUCUCAACCCAAGAACGGACUUGACGCGUCCUGUUCAAGCGAACGGCGCCAUUAGAAACGAAACGAUGUCAGCUGCUUUCAGCAACGCGGGGCUUCUGGGCGCUCGCAGGCCUUCCAGGGACUCGAUCAGGAAAAUGUACGCAGAGUUGGAGGAAUUUGGCGCUGCAUGAGAAAUAUUCGUCUUUUCAAGAUGAAACUGUCACGUGGUUUUUGUUUCAUCCUCGUCGCUUUUUCAAUUGUGAUAUCGUCGCGUUUUCUUCGUGAAAAUUUCUGCAGUCAUAUUACAUACAAAUAAAUCAAAUUACCUGAUAUGAUGGCAAAAAAAUAUCUUCAAUUUUGGCUGAUAAUUGAAACGUAUUAUUUGUUCUAAAGUUUGAUGUGUAUAUGACAUAAUUUCGGGUUAACACUGAUUGCCAUAUUUUACCUAUUGAAGACUUCAUGUUUGUAAAAUGUCCAAAUACUGCUGUAUACAUAGGUGUCAAAUUAGAUUAUAAAUCCUUUGUAAGUGCAUUACCAUUUCUUUUCAAUAUCAAAAUAAAUAUUGAUGUUGUUUGAAA